CUGCGCGCAGAUUGUCCGGGGCCGAAGGCGCCACCUCUGGCGCUCAGGCGCGAGCCGCCCCUCCCGCGCGAUCCUCUUUUUCCUCCCCCUCCCUCUGCUCCUCCCGGGCCACACGCCUUCCCGACUCCAGGCGGACUUCCACGGGCUCAGGGAGCGCAGGGUGUGGGCUGCCGUCCCGCCUGGGCCGCCGCCUCUGCUGCGAGAGGGAUGCAGGCGUGCGGGGGCAGCGCCGCGGGACGCCGGGCCUUCGGCAACAUCUGCCCCAACAGGAUGCUGGAGCUGCCGGGCCGGCCCCUGGGCGCGCAGGGCAAGCCGGAGAGGAAGUUCGCUCCUGCGCGGAAGUUCUUUUCCGGAUGCGGCGGCAGCAGCACGGUGUCGGUGUACGAGGAUCCCCCGGGCACGGAUGCCGCUGCGCUGCCAGCCCUCACCACCAUAGACCUGCAGGACCUCGCGGACUGCUCCUCGCUGCUCCGGCCCGACGCGCCGCCUACUGGUGACCCGGCCGCCUCGCAGGAUCAUUCCUUGCAAACAGAAGCAGACUUCGAUCUGCAGAAUUUCAGAGACACAGUGGAUGAUCUCAUUGCAGACUCAUCCUCUUUGAUGUCACCUGCCCUGGCCGACAGUGACUUCCCCUUCUCUCCUUGUGAUGACGACCACAUAUCGCCUUUUGGUCCUGGCUUCUCCCCGCCGCUAGACCCGCAGGCCCUGCAGUCGCCACCACUACGCCUUACAGAGGAGCCAGCUCCGCCGCUAGAGCAGUACUGGAAGGAGGUGGCCGACCAGAAUCAGAGGGCGUUGGGGGACGCUCUCGUGGAGAAUAACCAACUGCACGUGACGCUAACCCAGAAACAGGAGGAGAUCGCCUCACUGAAGGAGCGAAACGUGCAGCUCAAAGAACUCGCCAGCCGGACCCGGCACCUGGCCUCCGUGCUGGAUAAGCUGAUGAUCACUCAGACCCGAGAUUUUGGGGCAGCAGCAGAGACCUUCCUGCUCAAGGCGACGGCCAAAAGGAGCCUAGAGGAGCUGGUCAGUGCAGCAGGUCAGGAUUGCGCGGAAGUGGACGCGGUCCUGAGCGAGAUUUCCCAGCGCUGCGAUGAAGCCCUGCAGAGCCGGGAUCCCAAACGUCCCCGGAUGCAGCUGGGGCCAGGGAGCGAAGACUGCAGGGCUGGGAACCUGCACGGAGCCUUCCGGGGGCUGCGCACGGACUGCAGCCCCGGCGCUUUGAACCUGAGCCACAGCGAGCUGCAAGAAGGCGGCUCCUUCAGCACCCCCAUCCGUAGCCACAGCACCAUCCGAACCCUGGCCUUCCCCCAGGGCAACGCCUUCACCAUCCGGACAGCCAGUGGAGGUUACAAAUUCCGCUGGGUCCCCAGUUGAGCUGGGAUGUGGUCCACCAAACUACUGCCGCUAUCCCAAGGGAAGCGCCCGGAGCCUGCGUAGGGAGUAACUAGAACUCUUUCCCAGUCUGCCUUUUCAGUGCUCUUUCUGCAACCGAAUGCCACCCAGAAACUUACUUUUUUUUCUUUAGGAACAAGAACGUCUUGAUAAUGAUGCACUGUAGAGUCCUGCUAUGAAACGCUGUGCAGCUCUUUCUCUUCCCCAGUGGAACUGUGUGUGUCUGUAUAUAGAUACAUAUGUAGAGGUAUGUGUAUACACACAUGUGCCAACUUUUAAAAUAUUUCUAGCAGCUUUGAAUUGUGUAGAUUAAGAAGGGACCUGGAAACUAAUCAGCUACUUUAAAAUUAUGUAAUGCCCUAGUUGUGUAAGAAGGAAAGGGAGGCUCUAAGAUGUUAAGUUUAUGCCUGUA